UGAAACUGAACCCACAGAAAGGGAGGAGCAAAAGUCUGUAUUUUAUCAUCCACGAUGUGGAACUUAACCCUGAAUGACUGUGUAGCUGUCAGAGGAGUCCGACAUGGAACUGCUGCUGCCAAUCCUUCUAGGCAUUCUCGCAGCUCUGAUCGGAGGGCUGUACCUGCUCGGGGUGUUUAGACAGCAGAGACCAGGAGAACCCCCUUUGGAUAAGGGGCUCAUUCCAUGGCUGGGUCACGUCUUGGAGUUUCGCAGGAACACGUUAAAAUUCCUAGAAAGGAUGAAGGAAAAGCACGGCGAUGUAUUCACAAUACAGCUGGGAGGGUUUUACAUUACAUUCCUUCAGGAUCCUCUGUCGUUUGGGGCUUUUGUGAAGGAGAGUAGAGAAAAACUAGACUUCAGCAAGUUUGCUGUGCAUCUGGUGCGCAGAGUGUUUGGUUAUGUUGCUAUAGAGGGUGACCACCACAUUCUCCAGAUGUCCAGCAACAAGCACCUGAAAGGAGAUGGCCUGGAGGUAAUGACACAAUCUAUGAUGAGUAAUUUACAGAACCUGAUGUUGCACAACAUUGGCUCAGCUGCAGACCAAAGCACCUGGAUAGAAGAUGGACUGUUUAUGUACAGCUACAAUAUUCUUUUUAGGGCUGGCUACUUGUCCCUGUAUGGAAAUGUGCCACACAAGUCAGAGGAAAGUGAGGAGAAAGCCAAAGAGAAAGACAGAGCUGAAUCUGAAGCCUUGUUUUACGAGUUCCGUAAAUAUGACCAACUCUUCCCCAACCUGGCUUAUGGGGUGCUGCCGCCAAGGAAAAGGAUGGAAGCAGAGAGGCUGAUGGAAUACUUCUGGAACGCUCUGUCAGUGCAGAAGAUGAGGACCAAGGACAACAUCAGUCGCUGGGUGUGGGACAUGCAGCAGUCCAAAGAGGAGAUGGGUAUGAAAGAGUCAAUGAUAAACAAGUACAUGUUUGUGCUUCUCUGGGCCUCUCAAGGCAACACAGGGCCCUCUGCCUUUUGGCUUCUGCUCUUCCUCAUGAAACACCCAGAAGCCAUGGCAGCAGUGAAGGAGGAGGUAGAUAAGGUUCUGAAGGAAUCAGGGCAGGAAGUCCAACAUGGCGGCCCCCUAAUCAACCUGACCCGUGAAAUGCUGAUGAAAACACCCAUCCUGGACAGUGCCGUCGAAGAGACCCUCCGACUCACUGCUGCACCCCUCCUCACCAGGGCUGUGCUCCAGGAUAUGACCCUCAAGAUGGCUGAUGGGCGCAAAUACUUCAUUCGCAAGGGGGACAGAAUGGCCAUGUUCCCUUACAUUGCCGUCCACAUUGACCCAGAGAUCCACCCUGACCCACAUUCAUUCAAAUAUGACCGCUUUCUGAAUCCAGAUGGGACCAAGAAGACUGAUUUUUACAAAGCAGGCAAGAAGGUGAAGUAUUACAGCAUGCCGUGGGGCGCUGGGGUCUCUAUGUGUCCCGGGCGUUUCUUUGCCACCAAUGAGCUGAAACAGUUCGCUUUCCUCAUGCUGGUCUACUUUGAAUUUGAGCUGAAGAAUCCUGAGGAGAAGAUACCUGAAAUUGACUUCAGGAGAUGGGGUUUUGGAUCCAUGCAGCCCGUCAGAGACGUACAGUUUCGAUAUAAACUCAGAUAUUAAACCAAUCAAUUGUUUCUACUCAUCUGACAACCAAUGAUAUGCCGUGCUUGAUACGUUUUAAUGUGUACUUUUUUAUUUUGAGGUAUAAUUUAAUUACCAACCAAAUUCAACAAACAUUUGAGCUUCUUCUGCAAAUGCACUACUAGUAUUUUGUAUAUUUUGAACACUUUGAGAGCAGUUUAAUACAAUAAUAAGUAAUAAUAAUGAUUCAGUAUGAAGAAUACUGUUCUGGUAGAUGAUGCUACAUGUCCACUGAUCCAGUAUGAUACAUUAUGAAGUGUCAUUGUCUAAUAAUUCAUUCAGAGUUCAGCAACAGUUUGUUAUUAAUAUAGAAGAAAUGAGACGACAGUCAAAGAUGAACAGCUUUAGGUACAGACAGUUGCAGAGUAGUUGACAUUACUUAUUACAUCUCAUCAGAUGCCUAUAGAGGAAAUGGGGCAGCAAUGAGUUUCAGCAAUGAUGUGAUAGAAAGCUGCAAACGUGGCUUGGAAGGAUACAGAAUGAGAAGAAAAGAUGGAGUAGAUAGUUAUUAUUGUUGCGCUUCAAGCAGGUUGUUCAAUAUUUGUUACAAUUGUCAUCUACAAAGGCCAACAUAAUAAUAGUUAAAUUGCAUUUAACUGUUAGAUGGUUGUCAUGAUGGUAGUUAUGUACCCUAUGCUAAUCAUUUGUAAACAGAAAAUUCACUGUGUAACCUUAGUAUCAGAGAGAGUAGGUGUUGUCUUUGGUAUGGCUUCUGUCCCAUGUACAUAUAUGGCAUAUAAUCAAGACAGAGAUCUGUGUUUCUAGAACAUGUGCAUGAAUAGAAUGUCACUGAACUGGUUUCACUAGAGGGUCAAGGUUAGGUUUUAUAGAGGAAAGUCCUCUUCCCAGAAACUGCACUUGUAAGCAUAAUAAAAUUGGUCAUAGCUUCUCUACAUGAAGUAUGUUUGUUCUCUUUUUCCAUUCAUGCAGCUUUUUCUUUUACUAAAAAUAAUAAAAGAUUUUGUGAUGCCAGGGCCUUUUGUUUUAAUGAGAGUGGAGUAGAAAGUACAUCCUCCUUGACUAGAUAAACCUGUGAACUAUUUGACUGUUUUACAGUCUAAUUACUUAACCCAUGACCGAAAGUCUGUCUUAGUGACUGAGAGUUUACUCAGCAACUGCAAUAAAUUAGCUAUCACCACAUUUAAACAGUCUAACUGGUUUAGCUUAAACUCACUAUCUUUCCUCUGAGCUGACUCUGUGGUUUUACACAAGACUGGGUGGUGUGGUGUAGUUCAUUUGCAAAAUCUUGAUUUUGGGGAGAAUUAAACUCUUAUAUAUAUUUAUUUAUUUUUUUACUGUAAAUGCAGUUAAAGUCUUGUAACACAUUCAUUUGUGAUAAAAAUUACACCAUCUCUGAAACAGUCUCUGUAUUUCUAACCUUCUAACCUUGCACAUUUAUCUGUCUGAUUAAAAAACUAUCUCUGGCCAUCA